AUGACGACUUCGAAUAAACGCCCAAGCAGCGAGCCGCAAUGGCUCAAGACAUCCAUUGAUGUUCUCCAAGCGAUAAAGCUAGCUGCGUCCCAGACGGCUCCGAAACUCCUCAGUUCGUGGCUUUACGUGCCCGCGGGCAUCAUGGUCAUGCUGGCCGCUUGCUUCGGCGUAAGCGUCUUCUUCGACGCCGUCGGCGUUUCUUUCCCUGCCUCUGUGGCCUGUUUGAUUCUGCUCUUCUUCGGUCUGUUGCUGUCGGAGCUGGUACUGGGAAAUCACAAGACGAGAGCAAUCGUUGCCGUCAUUGAUGUGCCAGCGGGAUGGUCUCUCCGUUGGAUCAACAUCUUCUUCACACCAUCGUUCAUCAUGUUACCUUUGAGUCCCUCAAUCGGCAUCGUUGAAGUCAUGAAGAUUAUUGCUGUCUUCAUCAUUGGCUUCAUCGUCAUGAUGGCGCUCGCCGCAUACCUCACCCGCGGCCUCCAACUCCUCCUCGGCUCAUCCAAACGCGCAAUGACAGAGCGCGCAGAAGAAAUGGGCAACGAGACCGACGAGAUUCCCCUCGCCGACACCCCUCCGCGAAUUGACUCCGUCCCGGGCUCCCGCACCAUCUCCGCAGCCCCGUCCUCACUUUCACUCAACACCCUCGCUCCGCCGCCACCCUCCCAAAACGCCUCACAUAACUUCCUCCCAUCAGCAACAUCAUCCCCCACGAGAGUAACCGAAAUUAACGUCGAUAUUCCCUCCUCUCCGCCAACACCACCUCUCCCACCACAGGACCCCGUCCCCCCGCCACGCUCCCAGCUCUGGGCAGCCUGGAUCUGCGGUCAUCUCAACUGGGUUCUCUACGCCUCCAUCUUCACCUUUGUCGGAAUCCCCCUUUACUACACAACAGGAUACGCCAUGCCCCUUCACCUAAGCCUCAUUCUCCUCGUCUACUUCGCCGCCAUGUCCGUCCCCGCAAAUUGGAGGCAAUACCUCCACCCCGUCCUCGUCACCGCCCUCUUCUCUGUCCUCGGCAUCUGGGCCCUCGCCGCCAUCCGAGGGGCCGGCCUCUUUGAAACCCUCCGAUCAUUCCGCACGGGGGCGAAUUACACAUACCUCUGGCUCCACGCCAAGAACCCGGAAGGCCGCCUCCCCGGCGCCGGCGACAUCUUCAGCACCGUUCUCGAUGCGAGUAUUGUAUCGCUCGCGUUGCCAAUGUACCAAUACCGCCGCGAGCUGAAGCAGAACUUUGUGGCGAUCGUGUUGCCCAACAUCCUCAUGUCGAUGGGCUGCCUCUUCUCCUAUCCCAAGAUCUGCUUCGCCAUCGGCAUCAGCGCUGAAAGGUCUCUCGCGUUCGCGUCGCGGAGUCUGACGCUUGCGCUGGCUCUACCGGCAACGGAGAACUUGGGUGGUGAUUUGAAUACCGUGGCUGCGAUAGCUAUUAUGAGCGGUAUUGUCGGUGUGCUAGUUGGCCAGCGGAUGUUGGCCUGGAUGAAGAUUCCAGAAGAUGACUACAUCACCCGUGGUGUCACACUCGGAGCCAACUCCUCAGCCAUCGCCACCGCUCUCCUCUUGCGAACCGAUCCCCGUGCUGCGGCGCUAUCAAGCUUGUCAAUGAGCUUAUUCGGCACCAUUACCGUCUUGUUCACGUCCAUCCCGCCCAUCGCGAGCGUCAUCAAAUCUCUUGUAACCUGA